AUGAGAUUAAAAAUCAAACAUUCAAGGCUACGUUGGCAGAACUCAGCCCCCCUUCACAAUCCAGCCACACCAGCAGGGCACCCAGAAGGCACCAAACCAAAGCAGAAGAGGACACAAAAGGGCCGAUACGGGAAUAGUAAAAUAUCCUAUAGGAGACGAUCUAGAUCUAAAUCAAGAGAUAGGAAGCGAAAAAGAUCCAGGUCAAAGGAAAGGAGAAGGUCAAGGUCAAAAGUAAGAAGAUCAAAGUCACGAGAGAGAAAACGUUCAAGAUCUCGUGAAAGGAAAAGGUCAAGAUCUAGAGAAAGAAAAAGGUCAAGGUCCAGAGACCGUAAAAGAUCUAGGUCAAGAGACAGAAGAAGAAAGGAUGAGAAGAGAAGAUCAAGGUCAAGAGACAGAAGAAGAAAGGAUGAGAAGAGAAGGUCAAGAGACAGAAGAAGAAAGGAUGAGAAGAGAAGGUCAAGGUCAAGAGACAGAAGGAAAAGGAGUUCUAAAGAUAGAUCAAAGAGUAAAUCACCAUCAAGGUAUGGUGAAGGAGCUAUUAGAGUCAAAGAUGAACCUCUUGAUAAGGAAGAGGAACAGAAAAGACUUGAAAUGGAAAUGCAAAAGCGACGGGAAAGAAUAGAAAAAUGGCGAGCAGAGAAAAACAAGACAAAGGAGCUUUUGCCAAUCAAUAUAGCUCCACCAUCCAAGAAAUGGAGUCUUGAAGAUGAGGAGGAAAAUGAGGACGAUGAGACAAAAACUGACGAUGAUAAUGAAGUUGAUCCACUGGAUGCUUAUAUGCAGUCAAAGAGAAUAGCUGAGCAGAUGGCAGAAAAGAUCAAUGCUAAGUUAGGCUACACGCCACAGAUAGAAGACAAGUAG